AUGGCCGGAGCUCAGUCGGGUUCCCCGGGAUCCGACUCGGGGAACUACAACAACUAUGCAACAAGGUUCACACCAGCCAUGGCCAUAAUCAUAGUCGUCCUUUUAGCGGCAUUUUUCUUCGUUGGUUUCUGCUCUAUCUACAUCCGCCACUGGUCCAGCGGCUCCGGCAGCAUCCGCCGAGCAAUCUCGAUACGUCGCCGUGCUGGCGGCCAGGUAGGCCUCGACCCUUCGGUUAUAGAAAAUUUCCCCACUUUCUUAUACUCCGAAGUUAAAGAUCACAAGAUUGGAAAAGGAUCGUUGGAGUGUGCAGUGUGUUUGAAUGAAUUUGAAGAUGAUGAAACGCUGCGUUUGAUACCCAAAUGCGAUCAUGUUUUUCACCCGGAAUGUAUCGAUGCUUGGCUCGAGUCUCACUCUACCUGCCCGGUUUGUAGAGCGAAUUUGGUUCCCGGUGAUGAACCGGUAGACUUGCCGGAGUUGACAAACAGUAUCCGUGAAAGCAAUGAAAAUAUGGAAAGAAGUCAAAGAAUCAACAGUUUUAGAAAUGAAGAAGUUGUCAUACAAGUAACCGGUGCCGGUGAAAAUCAGCCGGACGUGAACCGGCCGCCGAGGUCCUUAUCUAUAAAAAGACUAAGGACGUUCAAUUUUGGUAGGUUCAGGUCGCACUCUACUGGACAUUCAAUAGUUCAACCGGAGGAAAAUCAUGACCGGUUCACGUUGAGGUUACCAGAAGAAGUUAGGAAGGAGGUGCUGGACCGGGCAAUGCUUAAGCGGACUAAAAGCUGGGCGGUCAGGUUCCCUACGGGUGAAGGGAGUUCAAGAAGGGGUUAUAGAACCGGUGGAGGAGAAGGAAGCCGUAAAGCGGGAAGAUGGUUUGAAAGGUCGAACCGGUGGAGUUUUAAUAUGGCACGACCAGUUUUCUCAAGAGCGUCAUCGAUGAAAUCACCGAGGAUGGUGGCAGAAAACGGUGAAGGGUCUUCGAAGGGGGGUAGGACGCCAGUUAAGAUGCCGUCCUUCAAGUGUCUGGAACCUAAGACUGGAGGUGAAAGUAGUAUCUCGGCUCAUUCUCCGGUUUAG